AUGACUACUUUACUAGAUUCGGAUGUCAAAGUGGCCGCCCCAGAGAAACACAUCAGCGAUGAGGAGCAGUUGGCUUCCCUCGGGCAUGUGCAAGAACUUCGUAGAGAGUUUUCUUUGUGGUCCAUCGUAUGCCUUCAAAUCUCCUUGAUGGCCACUUGGGAGGCCCUCUCUUCGGUGGUGUCCACUGCUCUGACCAACGGGGGAGCACCCUGUCUUUUCUAUAAUUAUAUCAUUGCCUUGAUCGGCACAAUCUUUGUUGUUCUAUCGCUCGGUGAGAUUGCUUCAUUAUAUCCAACAGCAGGAGGCCAAUAUCAUUGGGUCUAUUGUCUCACGCCCGAGUCAUAUCGGGCCACAGCAUCUUGGUUCACCGGCUGGAUCUCUAUCGGAGGUCAAAUCGUGUUCACUGCAUCUGCAGCUUUUGCCGCCGGUCUCCAGUUGCAGGCCUUGGUGACUAUGAAUCACCUUGAUACCUAUGUUCCGGCUCGAUGGCAGGGAAUGCUCUUCUAUUGGCUGAUCUUAGCUUACUCGGCUGCUAUCAAUAUCUUUGGAUCCAAGAUUCUGCCACAUACCAACACCGCAGCUGGAAUACUUCAUAUGUUAGGAUUCAUAGCAGUCGUGUGCGUGCUAGGAGCCAUGUCAUCAAAGCAUUCUGCGACAUAUGUCUUCACGGAGUUUUCAAAUACCAGUGGUUGGGGAAAUGAUGGGGUCUCUUGGCUGGUUGGGCUGUUGAGCGCGGUAUAUCCCUUUCUUGGUUAUGAUGCAGCCUGUCAUCUAAGUGAAGAGCUUCCCAAGCCGUCGCGAAAUGUGCCUUUGGCUAUGGUGGGAAGUGUUGCCAUUAACGGCCUCAUGGGUUUGGUAUAUGCAAUCGUGCUGCUGUUUGGGCUAGGAGAUCUCAAGACUCUUCUUGCGUCUAAAGUCGGAUUUCCGUUCAUGCAACUCUUCCUGAAUGUCACCCACUCGUUGGCAGGGGCAUCGAUUCUUUCGUUAGUUGUUUCUCUGAUCGCCAUGGCGGCCAAUGCCGCUGGCACAACUUCAACCAGUCGUACAGCAUGGGCAUUUGCACGCGACCGUGGCCUGCCGAGCUCCACAUUCUUCUCGGUGGUUAACCCGACUCUGAAGGUGCCCGUUCGAAUGGUGUUGGUUGUGGUAUUUCUGCAGAUGCUCCUGGGCCUAAUUUACCUGGGCAGCUCAACGGCCUUCAAUGCCGUGCUCUCCAUGGCUAUCCUAGGCAUGUAUGCGUCGUAUUUCUCACCUAUUCUGUUCAUGUUUAUGCAUGGUCGACGGACCUCGGCCUCUAUCGCACGUGCAAUAGGAACUGGCGCAUUUAAUUUGGGACCACGAUGGGGGCCUACGGUGAAUUUGAUAGCCAUGAUGUGGUUGAUGCUGGCAAUGGUAUUUAGCACUUUUCCGACUGUGAUGCCGGUGACACCAGAAAACAUGAACUACUGCGUGGUGGUGACCAUGGGCUGGGUCGCCAUCGGUGCAGUGUAUUAUUAUCUGUUCAGCGGGAAGAGACGGUUCACUGGUCCCGUGGUAGAACUAGCUGAAGAGAUGUAA